AUGCUUCGCAACGACGACGUCCGGGUCGUCUCCUCUUCCAUCAAAAUUCCUCUUCCUGCCAAGCGGUCAACCUGUCCACUGCGAACGGCGCAUUCUCACAUCGCCAAUGCUACAAAUUCAAUUGCGCAACUCGUUAACUCGUUUGCGUCUCACUCCACGGAGCUGACUCGCUCCGUCCUCCAAAAAUCUUCACUCCUCUGCUCUGCCACACUGUCCUUGACCGGCGACAGGAAGAGAGCAUGUCCGAUUCGGCGUUUGGCGUCGCUUUCUUUGGCGGAGGAGGCGCAGCAGAAGGCUCGGCAGAACGAGGAGAGAGUGCUAAUCAGCGAAGUGCUGGUUCGAAACAAAGACGGAGAGGAAAUGGAGAGGAAGGACCUUGAGGCGGAGGCGGUGCAGGCUCUAAAGGCUUGUCGACCUAACUCGGCUCUCACAGUGCGCGAGGUACAAGAGGACGUACAUCGCAUCAUCAACAGUGGAUAUUUUUCGUCGUGCAUGCCGGUUGCGGUUGAUACGCGAGACGGUAUCCGAUUAGUAUUUCAAUGUUGUGUAUUUAAGUCUGCAGCACUAUUGAGUGCUGUGAUGUUAUUACACGUGAUAGUAUACGAUUACUAUUUCAGCUUCCAGGCAUGUUCUCUUCUGUCGUACAAUGGCGGUUCAGUAUUGAAUUUCUGUAAUCUUAGUGGUGAUUUCUUGUGGUAUAAGAGGACUCAAUGCGAGAUGGAUAUGGUAACUUUUUCUUCAUUCUCCAUGUCGACGCAGUUGUAUAUGGUGUGCAUGUUGCUCAUGUUUGACCAUCACUGUAUUCAAAUUAGCAUGUCAUGUUUUGCAGGGAAGAUUAUUAAUUUGAGACGAUUGGAUGAAGCGAUAUCUUCCAUUAAUAACUGGUACAUGGAGCGUGGUCUUUUUGCCAUGGUUUCUGCUGUUGAGAUUCUCUCUGGAGGUAUUCUUAGAUUACAAGUUUCAGAGGCUGAGGUCAAUAAUAUUUCCAUACGGUUUCUUGACAGGAAGACAGGUGAGAUUACUACAGGGAAGACUAGGCCUGAAACAAUACUUAGGCAAAUUACAACAAAGAAGGGACAGGUCUAUAGCAUGCUUCAGGGAAAGAGAGAUGUAGAAACUGUAUUAACUAUGGGAAUCAUGGAAGACGUUAGCAUUAUUCCCCAACCAGCAGACACAGGGAAGGUUGAUUUGGUGAUGAAUGUGGUGGAACGUCCCAGUGGAGGGUUUUCUGCUGGUGGUGGGAUAUCAAGUGGGAUUACAAAUGGUCCACUAAGAGGGCUUAUUGGAAGCUUUGCCUAUUCUCAUCGGAAUGUUUUUGGUAAAAACCAGAAGCUCAAUAUUUCCUUAGAAAGGGGCCAGAUUGAUUCGGUCUAUCGUAUAAACUACACAGACCCUUGGAUUCAAGGAGAUGAUAAACGAACAUCUAGAACAAUAAUGAUUCAGAAUUCAAGAACGCCUGGAACCAUUGUCCAUGGUAAUGCGGAUGGUAAUGGUAGCCUGACCAUUGGCCGCAUCACAGGUGGUAUAGAGUUUAGUCGCCCAAUCAGGCCAAAGUGGAGUGGAACAGCAGGACUUGUUUUCCAGCAUGCUGGAGUCCGUGAUGAGAAAGGUAUUCCUAUCAUUAAGGAUUGCUACAGCCUUCCUCUUACUGCAAGUGGCAAUACUCAUGAUGAGACAUUGCUUGCUAAACUCGAGACUGUAUACACUGGUUCUGGCGACCAUGGCUCUUCUAUGUUUGUCCUUAACAUGGAAAAGGGACUUCCUCUUUUGCCUGAAUGGCUGUCCUUCACUAGGGUGAAUUCACGUGCUAGGAAGGGUGUUGAGAUAGGUCCUGCCCGCCUUCAUUUAAGUAUAUCUGGUGGUCACGUGGUGGGCCAUUUCCCUCCCUAUGAAGCUUUUGCCAUUGGUGGAACAAACAGUGUGAGAGGCUAUGAAGAAGGUAGUGUGGGCUCUGCUCGAUCAUAUGUUGUUGGCUCUGGAGAAAUUUCUUUCCCCAUGUACGGGCCAGUUGAAGGUGUUAUAUUUUCUGAUUAUGGAACCGAUCUUGGAUCAGGUUCAACUGUACAUGGUGACCCUGCUGGAGCAAGGGAGAAGCCUGGCAGCGGAUACGGCUAUGGGUUUGGCAUCCGUGUGGAAUCACCUUUGGGUCCUUUGCGUCUUGAAUAUGCCUUUAACGACAAGAAAGACAGGAGGUUUCACUUCGGAGUUGGGCAUAGAAGCUAA